GUCUCAAAAAUCUCAAUAUCCAUUGAAAUGGUCCUCUUUAGACUAGAGGGGGAAACAGAUAAAACGCAUAGCACAUUCAUACAUACUUUUUCUCAUAAUUGGCUUCAAAGAUCAAACUAAGAAAGGGCCAUAAUCUGGAUGAAAAUCUUCUUCCUUAUGCUCCUUAUCCACCAUACUUUUAGCAUCAGUGAUGAAUUAGAAAUAUAGCUUAUGUUCUGCUUAUCUUACUUCAUAGUCCAACUAGAGGUAGAGACCACUAUAACUAUGACAAUCUUGAUUUCAUCCGUCUUCCUUUUGAGAUAACUGGAAGAAGUAGAUCUAAUCAGGAGGCUUAUCCUAUGUCCUUUUUCUUCUAGAUCCUUAGCCAAAUUUAACAAAGAAAACAAAAUGAAGAUCCACCACAAGGAUCUGGCACCAGAUCAGCGGACGAAGCAGCCAACAUAGCAUUCUUUCAAACAUAUUAAUGGAGCAAUUAACAUUGCCACUUUGCUCGACUCAAUAUCAGUUUAAUAUGAAUGACUAAAGUGGCAUUCCUCAGCAAGCUUAAUUGCAUUGCUCCGAAAAAAUCCUCUAGCAGUCCCUGAAAACAAAGAUAUGUAUGCUCCCCAAAAAUAGAUUUGAAGUGUGGGCAGAACUCUUUUGAGGCUCAGCUGACAACUUCGAAUAUAGUUUGGAAGGAACAUAGGUUCCUGAUUACACUGCCGAGUUCUCUCCUAAAUAUCUUCUCAUGCUAAUCGGGAAACAUCUAUUGCACGGGUAUGAAGUUGGCUAGACAUUUUUCACAUAUGUAAUGUCAUAGGCACAGAGCCCCGUGGCUAGCUUCUAAAUGCGUAGUGCCAUGGACAGGCCCACUAGACUUUCCUUAGCCGACUGACAAGUGUGCCUGUGUCUAUGUCAGAGAUCUUCAAUCCUCUAUCAGAAGGAGAAAAGGAGAUCACUUAAGUGCAGAAGCCAGCUUUACCAGAUCACCUCCUUCAGCAAGAAGAUUGGGGAGCCAAAAGUUAUUCCUGGUCUUAACUCUUAAAAAUGGAUGAAGACAUUGAGGAAUCAGAAUUCCAAGAUUCAGAUAUGUAUGCUACAUGUGUGAUUAGAGUACUAGGGGAAGCCCACUUAGUAUGCAUUUAAAUUUUGCAAAUGCUCUUGCUACUUCUUAUCUGUCCCAGUUUUAAAGUCAAACUCGUCUAAAUGGCACUGGUUUUGAGAUUGGUGCAUAAGGGAAGAAUAACAUGUGAAUGUCGAGCAGAUAACAUUAACUUUAACACUAGGAUGGAAUCCUUCGAUGGUCAUCUUGAGAGUUUUAACGAUGGAUUAGAAGGAGCAUAUAGGUGCCUACUUAGAUUGAGGAGCUCUCUCCUGAAUAUAUUCUCCCCAUUUGGUUCAAUCUGCAUUCUUACGAGUUCCUCCCCCUGCAUACUUAAAAAAUAAGAUAUCUCGGAAAGAAUGUGAAACUCAUGGAUUCUGCCUUAUAAAAGUUUGUUAGUAAAGAAUGUAAAACCUCCUUCUCUUUGCCCCAGAAGGUGAGUUGUGUAGGAAAACAACUAUGCAGUCAAUAAUUUAGUAAACAUUAAACAAGCACAGCAUAACCAGCCAUACAUGGAUGCACAAAAUCAAAAUAUUUUUAUUUCCAAUACACUCGUGUAUCAAUUAUUGAUAUAAUUAAAAAUUGCUCUUUGAGUGAAGCAUCCUGAAGAAGCCACCUACCGCUGGACUAAUUAAAAGGAUGAAAAUCAUAGACAUAUCUUGGGCAUCUUUAACCAAGUCAAGGAGAAGGAGUUCUUAGCUGUAAUCUUCCGGAUGGAGCCAAGGAAAAUAGCAGGAUAUGAAUGUACCGACAUAUAUUAAUUAGUUUUGCCCACCAUUUAUUGGAAGCAUUACAUCUAGUCUAGGAGCUUAUACAGAUAUGCUUCCAACCCCUUGCCAACCAAAUCCAAAAGAAAAAAUCCCAUACGUGUACAACUCCAUAAGAUAAACUUCAGUAGUGCAUUUUGAAUUUUAUAGUUGAUCUACUAGCCCCUCUGAGAUCUUGACACCUUAAAAUAUUCCCAUUAUUCUGUCAUUAUUUACAUUUCAAUUAUCUAAAUAUUAUGUAUUCUAGUAGUUGAUGGAUAUAAGCCUUUAUGGAGGAGACAGCCUUACCUGGCCACCUAUUACAUGACAGAGACUAACUAAACAACUGAACAAAUAAAGUAGGCUUCUUGAAGUUGAUGCAUCUUCAAUCAAAUAAUAUCAAUAGAAAAGUUUUUUGUCAUAGUAUUGGCACCAUUUCUGGAGACAGAAAGAGGCAAAUCAUGCAAACACUUGCAUGAUAAUUAUAUGCCUCGUGUUCAUCUUAUAACUGAGGAUUAAUGAAAGUAAUCAGUACAACCUUUUGUUGGCCAAAUGUGUAUCAGGUUUACAAGUUCCAAAAAAGAUCCAGCUGUGCAAUCACAUGCUGAUUUAAUUAGGCCAUUCUCAUCUUGUCUCCUCCCAUGGUUGUUUUCCUAUAAAUACCAACUCUCAAAAUUAAAUUCCAUCAAAACUUUGUGAAAUCCCCUAAUCUGAAAGAAAACCAUAAGAAAUGGCUUCACUUUCUUCAAAAUCCAAUCACGUUCGAUCAAUCAGUUUGCCUGGGAGAUCACACCCGACCAUCCAGAGAGUUGAAGAGGAGCUAAACAAGCUCAAAUCAUUGGAAGUAUCUGUUGCACCAACAACAGUGAGCAAUGGUCUAAAAGGUUUGGAGAAAUUGUACAAGUGCAUAGAUAAUCUUCUCAACUUGCCUCAAACCCUUCAUGCCCUCUCCCAAAGUCUACAUGCAAAAUGGGUUGAAGAUCUAUUGGAUAAAUCAAUGAGGCUUCUUGAUCUGUGUGGCACUGCAAGGGAACUUGUAUCACAAUGCAAAGAAAAUGUAAGAGAUCUCCAAUCCUCCCUCAGGAGGAGAAAAGGAGAUUCAACCACAGAUGACAACAUUACCAAAUUUACCUCUUUCAGCAAGAAGAUCAAGAGGGAUGCCAAAAGAUUAGUAUUGACCUUGAAACAAAUGGAUCAAGACACUACAGUAUCUCGUUUGCUAGAUGCAGAUCAAGAUACAAUAGCUGUGAUUAGAGCACUAAAAGAAGCUAAUGCAGAAUGCAUUUCAACUUUCCAAAUGCUCUUGUCCUUCUUGUGUGUACCACUUUUGAAGCCUAAGCCAUCUAAAUGGUCACUGCUUUCAAGAUUGGUAAACAAAGAAAGAAUAGCAUCACUAGUCUUAGAAGAAAAUGUGAGCUUAGAAACCAGGCUCGAAAGCUUUGAGACUUAUCUUGUCAGCUUCGAAGAUGGAUUGGAAGCAACAUUUAGAUGCCUGAUUAGAUCUAGAAGCUCGCUACUCAAUGUUUUCUCCUGCUAAUCUGGCAGUUGUUAUUCCAUAUACUGUAAAUUGUAUAUACACAGUUUUGUAGUUAUGUUAGAAAUAUACAAUCUUCAAGCGACUGAUUAUACAUCAA